AUGCCUCACCGCGCCGCCUCACCAGCGCUGUCGGAGAACGAGUUCGACAUUACCAGCGCCCUUUUUCAAAAUGAUAGCGAUUCUGACACAGGCGCCGGCGGCUCAGCGCCCCGUAAAGCGCCGAAUCCUGGACAAAACCUCGAUUUCCUCGGCGCCGAUGACGACGACGAUGAGACCUUUAUCGCAAACCAGCAGGCAUCGGCCAACCGAAAAGGAGCGAAUCUCAAGGGUCGGACUGUGAAGAAGGGAGGAGGUUUUCAGGCUAUGGGUCUGAAUGCGAACUUGCUCAAGGCCAUCGCUCGCAAGGGUUUCUCGGUCCCGACUCCUAUUCAGCGCAAGACGAUCCCCGUGAUUAUGGACGAUAAAGAUGUGGUCGGUAUGGCUCGUACCGGUUCCGGAAAGACUGCGGCAUUUGUUAUUCCCAUGAUCGAGAAAUUAAAGAGCCACAGUUCGACCUUUGGCGCUCGUGGUCUGAUUAUGUCCCCGUCGCGAGAGUUGGCAUUGCAGACAUUGAAGGUGGUCAAGGAAAUGGGACGUGGAACUGAUCUGCGGGCAGUGCUUCUCGUCGGUGGUGACAGUUUGGAAGAUCAGUUUGGCAUGAUGGCGGGCAACCCUGACAUCGUGAUUGCAACCCCGGGUCGUUUCCUGCAUUUGAAGGUCGAGAUGGACCUGGAUCUGUCGAGUAUUCGAUAUGUUGUUUUCGACGAGGCCGAUCGCCUGUUCGAAAUGGGUUUUGCUGCGCAACUGACAGAAAUUCUUCACGGACUUCCUUCCACUCGGCAAACCCUCCUCUUUUCCGCUACACUUCCCAAAUCUCUCGUGGAGUUUGCGCGUGCUGGUCUUGAAGAGCCAAGUCUGGUUCGUCUUGAUACCGAAAGCAAAAUCUCUCCUGAUCUUCAAAACGCUUUCUUUUCGGUUAAAUCGUCUGAUAAGGAGGGUGCUUUGCUUCACAUUCUACACGAAGUCAUCAAAAUGCCCACUGGUCCCACAGAAGUCUCGAAAAGGUUCAAAGAGGAGAGCUCAAAUCCCAAGUUCAAGAAACGCAAACGAUCAGAGGUGGAAAAGGCUGGAAACCACAAGGAAUCCCCUACCAAACAUUCGACUAUUGUUUUCGCUGCGACGAAGCACCACGUCGACUACCUCUACGCUCUUCUGAUUGAAGCGGGCUUUGCCACCUCCUACGUAUACGGUUCUCUGGAUCAGACGGCACGUAAGAUCCAAGUCCAGAAUUUUAGACAGGGCAUUUCCAACAUCCUCGUUGUGACUGAUGUUGCCGCUCGUGGUAUUGAUAUUCCCAUUCUUGCCAACGUCAUUAACUACGAUUUCCCUUCGCAGCCAAAGAUCUUCGUCCACCGUGUCGGCCGAACUGCCCGUGCCGGCCGGCAAGGAUGGAGUUACAGCCUGGUCCGUGACUCCGAUGCACCCUAUCUACUUGAUCUUCAGCUCUUCCUUGGCCGAAGGUUGGUUCUUGGUCAUCAGUAUGACGGCAACGUCAACUACGCCGAGGAUGUGGUUGUGGGCUCUAUUCCCCGCGAUUCUCUGUCUCGGAGCUGUGAAUGGGUUAAUAAAGUCCUGGAAGAAGCGACGGAUAUUGAAUCGCAACGCCAAGUAUCUGUCCGAGGUGAAAAGCUCUACAUGCGCACUCGAAAUGCCGCAUCCUUGGAGAGCGCGAAACGCGCGAAGAAGGUCACAGCCACCGAAGACUGGUCUACAAUCCAUCCUCUUUUCAACGAUGAAACAAGCCAGCUGGAGGCCGAGCGUGACAAAAUGUUAGCUCGCAUCGGUGGGUUCCGACCCAGCGAAACUAUCUUCGAGGUUCAAAACCGGCGUGCUGGCAAGGCCGCUAAGACUGAAGGUGAUGACGCCGCCAUGAACACAAUCAAGCGACUUCGCACUACGGUGGAUAAGAAAAAACAGCGAGCCCACGCCAAGGAGCAGGCUGAACAAGCCGAGCUAGGCCUCAGUGGCCGGGCUUCGGUCGAUGAUGAAGAUGUCUUGAAUGAAGACGACGAUAUUCCCGAGGAGGCAGGGGACAAUAUGUCCAUGGCAUCCGAGGAGGAUUUGGAGGUCGCUUUCUCAUCCUACAACCAAUCCAAGAACAACACCCAAGAGCCGAACGGUGUCUCAGCCACAUCAUUCCAGAAUCCGGACUACUUCAUGGGCUAUACACCGGCCAACCACAACAGUGCCGAGGACCGCGCCUACGGAGUCCACUCCGGUACAAACUCGAACUUCACAGCAGCCUCCCGCACCGCGACGAUGGACUUGACCGGCGACGAAGGGCAAAAGGCCUUUGGCGAGCCGCGCUCCAUCAUGAGAUGGGACAAGCGACACAAGAAGUACGUCGCGCGACAGAACGACGAAGACGGAUCCAAGGGCGAGCGUCUUGUCCGCGGCGAGAGCGGUGCCAAGAUCGCUGCCAGCUUCCGCAGUGGCCGCUUCCAAAACUGGAAGAAGGGUAAGCGGAUGAGCAACCUGCCACGCGUCGGCGAAGCCGAGACGCCUGGGCUCUCUACUGGUACUGGGGUACCUGGCAACCGACACGGUGGUGGGCGAUUCCGGCACAACAAACAGCAAGCACCCAAGCGGGCCGACCCGCUACGAGGGGACUACGAGAAGAUGAAGAAGAAGAACGACGCGGCUCGGGAACGCGUGCAGGGACAGGCAGGUGGUGCGGCGGCGCGCGGGAAGAGCGAGAUUCGCUCGACAGACGAUAUUCGGAAGGCGCGGAAGCUGCAGCAGAGGCGACGCGAGAAGAACGCCCGGCCGUCGAAGAAGAAACAUUAA